GGUGGCCCGGUCUCUGUGGCGUAAGAUGUCCGCGGCCGAGUCGGGAUGUGAGCACUAUGUGCGGAGCUGCUCGCUCAAAGCUCCGUGUUGUGAGAAGUUCUACGUGUGUCGGCUCUGUCAUGAUGCUAAGGAGAACCACCAGAUGGACCGCUUCCUGGUCAAAGAGGUUAAGUGCAGCAUCUGCAACACGGUUCAAAAGGCACAGCAGAUGUGUGAAGAGUGCGGUGUGAAAUUUAGUGAGUAUUAUUGUGCCAUCUGCCACUUGUUUGACAAGGAUAAGAAGCAGUACCACUGUCAGCCCUGUGGUAUUUGCAGAAUUGGUCCAAAAGAAAAAUACUUCCAUUGUAUAAAGUGCAAUCUGUGUUUAGCCUGUGACCUUCAAGGAAAUCACAAGUGUGUUGAAAAUGUCUCUAGACAGAACUGCCCAGUGUGUAUGGAGGAUAUCCAUACUUCCCGAAUUGGAGCUCAUGUCCUUCCCUGUGGCCACCUGUUACAUAAAACCUGUUUUAAUGAAAUGUACAAAACUGGAGGGUAUCGCUGCCCUCUCUGCAUGCACUCUGCCUGGAACAUGGAGCGUUACUGGGAGGAGAUGGACAAGGAGAUCUCACAGACACCAAUGCCCAGCGAGUAUCAGGGCACCACAGUCAAGAUCAUGUGCAACGACUGCCAGUCACACAGCACGGUCCCUUUCCACGUACUGGGCAUGAAGUGCAGUAGCUGUGGCUCUUACAACACCAGCCAGGAUGGGGGGCUGAUCCACUUGGAACAGGGGCAGCAGCAAGAGGCAGAGGAGCAGGAGGAAGAACAACAACAGCAGGAGCAGCAGCAGCGGGAGGGAGAACAGGAGGAACAGAUGGAGGAGUAGGAACAGCCUUCUCCACAGUGACAUGGCUAAUGACCGAAGACUUGCCAGAACAAACCCAGUCUAAGAUCUAUACCAAACUUCAGCCCAGGCCUCCUCUAUGACCCCUAUGCUGGUCAAUAGUCUUCUGUGGUUCUGACCACACACACAUCUGGAUUUUACUCUCCAGGGUGCUCCAAGUCCACACAUCUGGACUACCGCGGUACGUCCUUUCCAUCCUGAUGUGUGAACCAGACUUCUAACAGUCUCAGACUGGCUAGCACAGCCUCUGCUGUCCAGUCGUAUUUAUGAUUCACACUAGCUGAUCUUGGGUUACUUUACAAGAAUGAAAAACAUUACGUUAGUGUCACUAACAUAAACUUUGCAUGUUAGUGCAAGUUACAAAAUACAGGGUUCCAACCGCAACUGGUACUUUUCACUUAAAGAAGCACCAUUCCAAAUAAAGAAUGUAGUCUGUGCCUCCCUAAACACCAUUUGUUUCUGAAAUGUCAGAUUUCUCCUUGGUGGAGUUUAAAUUGCAAAUUAUAUACUGGUGUCCUCGCCGAAUUCCUGUUCACCCAAAUCUUGAGUUGCAUUAAGCUCUGGAGUUGUCCAAAGCCCAUACCAAAUUGCAAUAGAAUUACCCAGAAAUGAGUGUUCUUACAUUCAGCAGCCUGUUCUUUUAUCUGUGUAUUACAUAUACAGUCGGUCUGGUGUGAACAGAGCAGCAGUGGACCGGUCGUGGGAUGAGGUGUGGUACAUCAAGGUUUUGCGUUUUCAGGUUUCCUCUUACACCUCAUGUUAAUUCUUAUUAUUUUUUAAACCAUGUAGCACAAUGGAAAAUCCUGGAAUAUGUGAUGAGAAAUAUAUACAGCUUCCUUUCAGUCCAAACAACAAACCACGCAUAUAGUCGAUAAAUCGGUACUACAAUACCUGGAGCACGUUGGGUUAUCUGUAUGCUGUACUCAGUCUUGUUUUACAAAGUCAAAUGGUGAGAUGAGCAUUAGAACAGAAAGGAAAAGCUCUUUUUAAAAUAAAUGAUUUGAUGCUUUAUGGGAUGGUGUUCUGAGCAAAGAUUACAU